CUCGAAGAGUGUCGCGUGUACCUCACAGUUCUGAGUUUGGAGACAACUCCACGGGCCGACGUUCAUCCCGGCGAACCCCGCCAAAAGUUGCCGCGAAUUACCCACCACAACUCAGCGCCGAACCCCAGAGCACCCCACACUAUACCAUGCCGUACCUCAAUACCAGUACCGAGUGGUACGAGCAGUCGUCGUUGCUACUCAAAGCUAGGCCGACAAGUACACGCAUCACAUCCAAAUACACGGUCCUCAAACCCUCAGCCUCGAAGAUCAAGAAGCGCGAAAAGUACGCCGCCAAGCAAGCAGCUAAGCCCGCAGACACAUCACGGACAUCAUCGCCCCCACCGCAAUCGAAUACCCAGGAAGCCACGGCGACCUUCGUUCUGAAGACAUACGACCCUGUGUCAGGCACAUGUUUGCAGUAUGCGACAACAAAGGGCGCGGAAGUGGGGAGGCUGGUCAGUAACUUAGGAAGGCUAGGGCGCGAAAUGGCAGCGCUUCCGGAGGCCCCUGAGGAUCUGAGCGCGCCGCAGGACGCAGGUGUCGCAACACCGAAUAUUGAUGAGCAAGGAGAUACCAAAAUGGGCGGUGCGCCGGUAUCAGCAGCAACAGGGACAGGGGGUGGAAAGAAGAAGAAGAAGGGCAAGAAGUGA